GGGAGGCAAACGGGUGACAAAGCACUGUCCUGUGCAGCUUCUCCUCUAAUAAGUAUGUUUAGAUCCAGAUCUUUUAGUUUUACUGCUAUGAUCUCAAAAGCUGGAACCUUGUGUUUGUCACUAUUCCAGGUGGUGUUCUCGAGCUCACCAUGUGAAGACAAUGAAAUGUGUACAGAUUACAAAAAUCAAUACCAUAAUGGCUGGUAUAUCUGGUUCCUGCUGCUGAUCUUCCUGGUGGCUCUUCUCUGCGGAGUAGUGCUCUUCUGCCUUCAGUGUUGGCUGAGAUCCAGAAUUGGUUCCCCAAGGCACACAAUGGCUGUUUUUGCUGUUGGAGACUUGGACCCUGUUUAUGGGACUGAAACAGCUGUGAGUCCAACUGUUGGAAUUCACCUUCACACCCAAAACCCUGAAAUGUAUCAAGUUCCAUGUUUGGGUACCUUAGAUCCCCCACCUCCAUAUGAAGAAAUCCUAAAAUCAGCUCAAGUUCAGAAAUGAAUUAUCAGCUGAAAAUAUUAGAGCUACUUGAACUAUAAGCCAUCAAAUUUCAGAACAACUGCUUAAUAUAGUCAGAGAUUUUAGACAUCAGGAAAUAUAGCCUAAUAAACAAAAUAGUGAUUGAAGGAAAAUUAUUUUGGUCUUUGAGAAUUUUGGUAGUAAAUUUUUAAACUUUUAAAAAAUUUUUCUUUAUUGGGAGACUAAUGUUUUACAGUCAAUAGUAAAAUACAAUAAUUUGUACUUGCAUAAUAUUUCCACAUGACAGUCCAACCCCACUAGAUACUUCUCUGCCAUCAUGUUUCAAGACCUGAACCUUCCCCCACCUACCCCAGAGUCCUUUCCUUUGGUGCAAUACACCAG